AUGUGGGAGUUCCGGUCCAUGGGUUUUUGGAGGGCGGUCUUUGCAGAGUUCUUCGGGACCAUGUUCUUUGUAUUUUUCGGCCUGGGUGCCGCCCUGCGCUGGACCACUGGGCCGCAUCACAUUCUACAUGUGGCCUUGUGCUUCGGCUUGGCAGCUGCCACCCUCAUCCAGUCCAUCGGCCACAUCAGCGGCGGCCAUAUUAACCCUGCCGUUACCUUCGCCUACCUGGUCGGGGCCCAGCUGUCUCUUUUCCGUGCUUUUUUCUAUAUCAUCGCCCAGUGCCUUGGCGCGGUUGCCGGCGCUGCCGUGCUGUAUGGGGUCACACCUGGCAACAUGAGGGGCAACCUGGCAAUGAACACGCUGCAGCCUGGUGUCAGUCUAGGGAUGGCCACCACCGUGGAGGUGUUCCUCACCAUGCAGCUUGUGGUGUGCAUCUUCGCUGUGACCGAUGAGAGGAGAAACGGUCGCCUGGGUUCCGCCGCCCUCUCGAUCGGCUUCUCCAUCACCAUCGGACAUCUCAUGGGGAUGUACUACACGGGUGCCGGCAUGAACCCCGCCAGGUCCUUCGCUCCUGCGGUCCUGUUCAGAAACUUUGUCAACCACUGGGUCUACUGGGUGGGACCCAUAAUUGGCGGCGCCAUGGGCGCCCUCCUGUACGAUUUCAUUCUGUUCCCACGUAUGAGGGGUCUGACCGAGCGCCUGGCCACGUUGAAGGGCAGUCAACCCCCGGAGCGAGAGACCCAGCAGGAAACCCGCGGGGAGCCCAUCGAACUCAAGACGCAAGCCUUGUAAACCCGAACCCUCCCUCGGCACCCGUAGACCCACCUGGGGCUGAGAAAAGAGGCACACGGCCCCCGCCUCCACUGCUCAUCAACCUACAUGAAA